AUCCCGCAAGCAACGGUGACUUACCCGCCCCCCAUGCAGCCGAAAGCUCAGCCAUCGCGAUUCAUCGCAAGAUUAAUCCAUAAUCGUCAUCAUCUGAAUCAAUUACCUUCCAAUCGAGCAAUCUCUUCGCAGUCUUCGCUCCUGACCACCUAUCGACCAUCAGGAGCUCACCGACCAACCUCGCAUUCAACAUACCCUGCAUGCUACCACCAUCAACCGUUCACAUCCUCAUUGUCACCAUCGUCGCUACAGCCCAUUCCAAACGGAGGGCUUGAACCCAUGAGUCUCGAGGAGUGGGAUCUCCUCUCACCUGAAGCAAGGAUUCGAUCAGAAGGCGACAGAAAAUGGGGCUGGGUCGUCUAUCGGAGCUGUUACGCAAAAGAAUUCGACCCGCGCUGGCAGGAAAUCAAGAGCCAUAUCGUAGACGAGCUUUGUAAGGAUAUCGCUAGAUCCGACACGCCCUCUAUCGCGAAAACGAUGGAUUUCGUCUUUAUCGAGGACCCUGCCCUUGAAGGCGCCACGGUUACGCAGCUGCAGCACUACUUCCAGGCUUGGGCGCGCGCAAGCGAGGGAUACCAUUUUGACGAGGGGAGAGACGUAUCCCGAGACUCGAGGCAUGAGUUCUUCAUCAUGGUCGACGAACAAAGUUUACGCAACCGCACUCUUGGUCUUGUGCACGGAUGGCCACUAGAGCCGGAUUCGGAAGAGGUCGCGGAGGAGGGAAACCAGGAUGGUGCAGGGGAUUGGAUCAGGAUUACGGCGGAUUACACGGUCACGACAAGUCUCUACGAACAACUGAACGACCUCGAAUACUGGUACUCUAUCUAUAAGCCGCCGGAAAUGGGCUUGGCUUGUUUAUAG